UGAUGCUGCUGUGUUUUUAGCGGUAGCCUGUAACGCGACGCGACGCGUGAGUCUCGUUCAUCUGUCGCCGGUUUCUCUGCGCUCCGGUUCCGUUCACGGGUUCGAGCCGCGCUCACCGAUAUAAUGGCUGUUCCUCCAGCGUACGCAGACCUGGGGAAGGCUGCAAAGGACGUCUUCAACAAGGGCUACGGUUUUGGGACGGUGAAGCUUGAUGUCAAAACCAAGUCUGCUAACGGAGUGGAGUUUAAAACAUGUGGCACGUCUAACAUGGACUCAAACAAGGUCAGCGGGAACCUGGAGACCAAGUAUAAAUGGGCCGAGUACGGACUGACCUUCACUGAGAAGUGGAGCACGGACAACACGCUGGGCACCGAGAUCACCGUCGAGGACCAGAUCACCAAAGGACUGAAGCUGACCUUUGACACGACCUUCUCACCAAACUCUGGUAAGAAGAGUGGAAAGGUGAAGACGGCGUAUAAGCGUGAAUACGUGAACAUGGGCUGUGAUGUGGAUUUCGACUUUGCCGGUCCUGCCGUCCACGGCUCUGCGGUGCUGGGAUACGAGGGCUGGCUUGCCGGAUACCAGAUGACCUUUGACACCGCCAAGUCCAAGAUGACCCGCAGCAACUUCGCCAUCGGAUACAAGACUGGAGACUUCCAGCUGCACACCAAUGUGAACGAUGGCACAGAGUUCGGCGGCUCCAUCUAUCAGAAAGUGAGUGAUGAUCUGGAGACGGCAGUGAAUCUGGCCUGGACCGCCGGUAAUAACAGCACACGUCUGGGCAUCGCUGCCAAAUACAUGCUGGACUCCAGCUCCUCCGUUAGUGCUAGAGUGAAUAAUUCCAGUCUGGUUGGGAUCGGCUACACUCAGACACUCAGACCAGGAGUGAAGCUGACUCUUUCUGCCCUGGUUGAUGGAAAGAACAUCAACGCUGGAGGCCAUAAACUGGGUCUGGGGCUGGAGCUGGAGGCGUAACGCCCGUCUCUUUGUGUUUCUCACGAGAUCAUCAGAGAAAAGAAAUCUCUGAAAUCUCCACACACUGAACCCAAACCUUGCACCUCCUCUUAUUUAUUUGCAGCACUAACAUCACUGUCAAUAUUUCUCUCCAAACCGGCGCUUUCAAUCUGUACGUGCAUUUUCUUAGGAAUACGCAACCAAAAAUGUAAAUUAUUAUUAUUGACUCAUCCUCGUGUUGUUGCAAACCUUUAUUUUGCUGUAUUUAAAUAUGUAUGCAGCUCAACAACAGUGACCACGACUGUCAAAAAAGCACACACUAUAAAAUAAUCAAUACGAUUUGAGCACUACAUACAAAGCUUUAUGGGAGCAACAUGUGACUUUAUAUCCUUUUUUCCCAGACUGUGUAAAACUAAGCAGGUUUGGAUCACCAUCAGUUGAAUCUUUAAUCGUGCUGCUGCUGUCUAGUGAUGUUCGGACGCUUUUGUUCUGGUAGUUCGGCUUUAAUCGUCCUCCUCUCUCUGUAUUCAAGCUUUAUGGUGUUCAAACGGGUUCUUUCAGCAUGAGAUGUUGUUUCCAGACAGAUGAGGGACACGAGAGGCUUCCCUUCUGUAUGUCAACCUUUGCAAUAAAGUCCUAAAACUGGAA